AUGAAUGCCCGCAUCGAGGGAUUAGAGCCCCGGCUCAACCCAGCGCCGUUGCUUCGGCCCCCGUUGGCGGCAGACAGAAGGAGAAAAGAAAAGGAGACGGUGGCACCUGCUACUCCGGUGGCGACUGUUGUGGCACCUAAACCUGGAAAGGAAAAGAAAAGUAAGAAGACAAAGGACAAAGAGGAUCCAAGGCCGCCAAACCCAGACUCUCUGGAGGAAACCUGGGCCACGGUAGUGAAAAAGAAGGCUAAGAAGAAGGACAAGCCACAAGCGCAGCCGGGGAAGGCUCCCAACGCCAAGAAGAGUCCCAAGGCUAAACCAAAGCCUAAGCUUAGGACUCCCCGGUCGUCGGCGAUAGUCCUCACACUCACAGACGUAGGAAAGGAAAAGGCGAUGUUGACUUACAGCAAAGCCCUCCUCAUCGCAAGAUCCAAGAUAGAUCUUUCGGAGAUAACGGGUCUGGAGACCCUCAGAGUCCGCAAGGCGGCAACGGGGGCCACAGUGCUGGAGCUCCCUGGGGCGAACAGCGGCUCCAAAGCCGACGCUCUGGCUGAGAAGCUGGGGACUUUGUUCGGCGAGAAGAUGAAGGGGCUCCUAUGGAAACAUAGGCAGAAGAAGGCCAAGACGGCGAUACGCGCGCGCAAGCUGUGCGACAUCUGCCCUCGGCUCGGGGCUGGGCAAAGGCUUAGCUGA